CCGGAGAAGGAGCGAGGCCGUUCCCUGCGCAUCCUCGCAGCAUCAUGACUCUUCAGGCUGACUUUGAUGGUGCUGCAGAAGAUGUAAAAAAAUUAAAAACAAGACCAACUGAUGAAGAACUGAAGGAACUAUACGGACUCUACAAACAGGCUACUGUUGGAGAUAUUAAUAUUGAAUGUCCAGGAAUGCUAGAUUUGAAAGGCAAAGCCAAAUGGGAGGCCUGGAACCUGAAAAAAGGUUUAUCAAAGGAGGAUGCCAUGAAUGCCUAUAUCUCUAAAGCAAGAGCAAUGGUAGAAAAAUAUGGAAUCUAGAAUAUUCAGAAUAAUUCCCACUAAUAAUUAAACUCUUCAGUAGCUGAUGAACUCUAUUGAGAAAAAUGCAGUACUAACUCCUUUUUGUGUAGUCUCACACUAUCAUUUAAGUAUCAGCUGUUUGACUUUAAAGGGUAUUUACAUAUAUAAUCUAUUUUUAGCUUGUAUAUUAAUCUAAAUAAAUUUGAACUUAAUAAAUUAA